CUCCACGAUGUCCACCAACACUUGCUUCUCACAUAGGUCGUCGCCUUCUCCUCCACCGCCAUCGCCCUCUAUGGCUACGAUCAAGGCAUGAUGUCCCUCAUCAACACCAACAACGAUUACCUCCGCACAAUGGGAAUCUCCUCAUCCUCACCACAAGUCGGUGUCAUCGUCUCAGUCUACUAUCUCGGCUGUGCCCUCGGCGCCGUCCUCUUCAGUUGGUUCGCGAACGCCCGUGGCCGGAAACCUGCCCUCUUCGGAUCCCUCGCCACUGCAUCUCUUGGUAACUUCAUCAUGUUUAUCGCUGGACUUGGAUUCGAGCAUUCGCAGCCUGCGCCGCUGAUUGUCAUGUAUAUUGGACGUAUUGUCAUGGGGUUGGGUGUUGGGGGUGUGGAUUCUGUUGUGCCGGUGUAUAGUUCGGAAUUAUCGUCCGAUGAUUCGAGAGGAAAGGCUUUGGCACAGGAAUUUCAGGCGAAUAUCUUUGGACUCAACAUGGCAUUUGCGAUCAAUUUGGCGCUGACAGUGUACUUGGGCAAGGAGAAUGAGUGGGCUUGGAGGAUACCGAUUGUUGCGAUGCAGGUUUAUCCUUUGGCGCUGCUGGUGUUUAUUUAUUGGUUGCCGGAGAGUCCGAGAUGGUUUGUGCAUCAUGACAGAACAGAAGAUGCCACAAAAUCGCUCAAGGAGAUCGUUGGCGAAGAUGAUGCGCAAAAGAAAUGUGAUGAGCUUGUUCAGGCCUCCAAGGACGAGAGCGACAGCAAAGUUGGAUACAAGGAGAUGUUCACGCCAGGACAUACGCAAUUCCAUCCAACUAUGAUCACAAUCAUGGGCCAAGUCAACCAAGCACUAACAGGCUACGGCGCAGUCAGCGUCUACGGCCCUCAAAUCUUCGAGCAACUAGGCUACGGAGUACGGUUGUCGGAGUAUCUAACAAUGGCCAACUUCAUUUCCUACUUCAUCCUGAUGACUCUCGCCUGGGUUCUCAUCGAUGCUCUCGGACGACGGACCGUGAUGCUCUACGGCUCUGGGACAAUGACCCUCUGCUUCCUGCUCUUGGCCGUGUUCGGAGGUCUCUCACGAUACCACGAAGAUCUCCACAUCCACGUCAACGCCGUUGCAAUUCCAGGAAUCGUAGCGUUGUUCGUCGCGACUGGAGCUUUCGGUAUUGGGUGGUUAACACCAGUCUGGCUUAUUCCGACGGAAAUAUUCCCUACUGCGGCGCGUGCACAUGGCACGGCAGUUUCAGUCAUCAUCUGGGGCCUCGCAAAUUUCACGAUAACCCUCAUAACCCCGAUCCUCUUCAACAACCUCUACUUCUACAUCUACCUCAUUUUCGCCGGCACCAACUUGAUCGCCGGGACCUGGACGUAUCUAUACUCGCCUGAAACAGGUGGGAGAAGUUUCGAGGAGAAUCAAGAGUUCUUUGAAGAUGCGAAGUCGGAAGGCACGUGGCGUGUGUCGAAGGUCGAUAAGGGCGAGUUUAGAUAUUUGCCGUAUCCGAAACCGGAUGGGGAAGUUGGAGAGAGUCAGCCGUUGUUGAGAAGGGUGAGGGAUCAGGUCACUUCUUAA